AGGAGAAGAAAUACAUUCAUUUGCGAUGAAGAAUACGAUGCCAUCAAUGCAUUACCCAUAUUUUGGAAGGUCUCGUGAUCCUGGGCCAGGUCCUGGCGCUGCUACUUGCUAGUAAAACCGGAAGUUUCGAAAAAUCAUGGGAGUGCUGAUUCGGUGGUGCCGAAUAUUAUGCGGUAGUGGUUGUCUACUGCUUCAGGUGGGCUAUGGAGGGCUUGGUCGUGCCGAAAAGUCCUAUGCUCGCACGGAAACAUCUUAUCCUCUUCUCGGUACCCAGUCUGGCGCGUGGACAUCUUCGGGAGUACUCUUGCGACCUGGCGACAGCACGAGUUGCGUUGCUGCUAGUCGUGGCAUACUUUCUGACAUAGAUGAGGAUGUUCACGCCGUAGAAGCGCGGCUAAGGACAAAAGAUGAAGCGACUGCCGUGACUGCCGCCGAACUGUUGCCGCACGCUUCCCAGUGGUUUCUGGCGGAUGAAGAAUACGGUGCGGGUGAGCAUAUGGGUCGAUACGCACCGGAAUGGCGUUUGCGACGCGACGCGGAAAACGAAGAGACAGCAUCUGCAAACGAGAAAAACUCGAAUGCGACGCCUGCAGUGGAAGAGGUAGAAUUGGCAGAUGAGAAAUUCGUCGAUACUGGAGAGCAAAAUGCGACAGAAAAACAUCGCCCGCUAGUUCCACUCUGGGAGAGGGCAUGUCCGAAUCUGCAUCGCAAAGAGGAAGGCAAAAAAACGCUCGUCCGCCCUUGCUGCAGAAAUGUGAUACAACUCACCGAUGCGCAUGACGAGUUGCUGCACAAAUGGCAGUUCAUCAACCGCAACUACAAUGACCGCCUAGAGAGCUACGGGCAGUUCAUCGCCCAAACAGCACACCUUUCAGAUGGCUACUGUGCAGCACAUCUUGUCCGCACGCGCAUAACGCAUUUCGAACUUGCAAACAAACUUCAAGAGCAAUGGGCAGCACUUCUCCUGGCAACAGAAAGUUUUGUUUUAUGCGCGGCGUGUUUCGACGAUCUUGAUCACGCUCAAGAUGAAACAAACGCUACAACCAGGAACACGAAGAUUGGAAAUCGACGUCAUGCAUCUGGAAGACCCCACUUGCGGGCGGCCGCACUUGCGGCGCGAGAAAAAGAACUACUUACACACUGGAAAAAAGCAUCGGAGGACGCGCAGAGUCUUUGGCGUCGACAGAUGGCCGCUGACGCGUUUAUCCUGGAGCAAGACGAGCAGUGCCGCUUUGCGUAUGUCCAGGAGCUGCAGCGUGGUCGCAUGUUUGAGUCUGAGCAUAUGCUGCCACGAUUGCGCGUUACGUCAAUUGCGGCUCAGGAGAAGGGCGCGGCGGAGACUGUUGAGGAAAGAGGAGCUGUCGUCGAGGCGAACACAAAUCACGAUAGGCAUGCUGAAGAUUUGCACAUUUCCGAUGUGCGUUUGCGUGGCGGCGAUCUUUACACGGUCGUUUUCAAAACCUGGAUGGACGCCGCGAUGUCCAUGAUUUUAGAGGUCGGGAAUUUGCUACUACACCAAACGGAGACAUUGCUUCUGCUCAUGUAUCAUCUCGGUCGUGGGACGUCGUCAUGGGCCCACGCGCUACUGAUUGUGCCACCUGGUUCCGGCGCGGACCUGCAAACACUCUUUAUCCAGCGCAGACAGGUGCUAGACUCUGAGGUUCCAGUGUGCCGCGUACUACGCGACUACGACAGAGCUGUCGUAGAGCAGAUUGAGAUGGCAAUUGGUACAUCUUCACGAGGUCUUGCAACUUCGUCCGGCCCCAUGGGUCUUCGGACGACACCAGGACCAGCAGAAACAAAUUCUGGCGGGCCUUUUGUGCGUGAGAACCGGCUUUUAGAGUCACUAAGCGGCGCGUUGCAAAUGGGGCUUGCCUACGUAACGUCUGAAAAAGGCGGCCACAUGCCUCGGGAACUUGGUCCUCGUAUCGAAGCCGCGAUGGGCGACGUGGGUGCUGUGCUCGACAUACUCGACGAAAUUCUACCACGGGAUUCCCCUUGCUUUCUCAGGUGGCCACGACCGGCAUCAGCUUCCUUACCUAGCGGACAAGCCGAGCGUUCCUCUAGUAUUCCUGCGCACGUAUCUACAGGACAAAUAAAUGAGCGGAACGCAGCCUCGUUAAAGGAUGAAUCCGGCGAAAGCGUUGACCACGACGCUCUCAAAGCCUUGACUUAUGCCGUUGUGCUGGUAGCAGUUCCGGACAAGGCUGACCCAGACUUCGUGCGCCAGCACGCUUCCGUGCUCUUCGAAGAGCUUGAACAGAACCAGAGCCUCCAUGUCUUAGUGGUUUCGAGGUCGCAAGACAUUGUAGAGUUAAUAUAUUCGGGUGCUGCUACGUCGAGACGGGGUGGAAAGGGGGCCGCGAGCAAUCGACUUCAAUUUAUCUGGCGCAGAUUCUAUCUCUACGGCGGUAUGGAACUCCUGGGUCGUUUUUUCCAUCCUGACACAGCAAAGGUGGUGUACCGAAUUCCAAACCUUCCUGACGAAAAGACUCUACAACCUGAAAAACAAGCUGCGAAGAGAGGCACUCCUCCAGCAACGUCAAAAGAAGAACUUGAAGAUGUUCAAGGUCACACGGUGGAAGACAUUUUAUGGGAUGCAGCUAUCUCAUAUCUUGAAGAGUUUCGAUUGGUAUUGCGCUUAACGGUAUCUCUCGUAAGUCCUACAGAAGAGAUGAUGCUUCGUGCUGGACCUGAGGCUCUUCAGACCAUUACGCAGAUGCUUAGCAAGAUGCAUGGGGUGACAGAAUGGAGUUUGCCCGGCACUGGUGCCACCUCAAGUGAAAUCUGUGCUAGCGCAACAACUAAAAACUCGUUGAAUGCACGAACUGAGCUUCUCGCAGAGACCUCGAUGCAUGCAUCCUUUCUCGGUCAGCAACAGAUUUUGGCGGGUGGACCAGAUAAGGGCCAGAGCGGUGGAGCUCAGCGCACACUAGAUGAAAAUGCUAAGCAUAAGAGCUUGCAGGACGAGGCGAGCAUAGACUUGAAACUCCCUCGCUGUGGGCGGUCGGUGUGGAUGGGCUAUGACCUGAGCGACUGGGAGCGCAACAACGAUCGAGCGGUGCUUUUCGACUACGUUCGAAAGACGCAGCAGAGUAAGCGUAUACUCGUGUACCGUUGUGCGUCAAUCGGUUUCUGCGGUGGGCAUGGCGACCGAUUGCAUGGUAUUUUAGGUUUGUUUAUGCUGGCACUGGUAACCGGACGUGCUUUUCUGAUCGACUCACCGAGACCGCUACCGAUUGGGCUACUUCUGGAGCCCGCGUAUCCCGAGGAUGUGAUCGAUUGGCGCGUGCGCGGAAGUGUGGGCUUGCCUGGGCUGCACGCGAACCGCAAUGAUAAAUUUGUGGAAGCGCUUGGUGACUUGGUAGACUCCCCUGAAAAAAAUUGGGUCUUGCAUUCGAAUCAGAGAAUCACGACGGCCUGUUUGCACUCCGAACUUGCACGACGCAAUCUUCCUUCAGCAGUGCGCGCUGUCCUUGUCCGAACCCCAUUUUUGCACGCCCAUCUCUUCGAAAUGUUGUUCAGGCCGACGAAUCUUCUCGCCAACCGCAUUGCCAGCUGGUUUCAGUUCGCACGCACAGGCGAUAUAGAAACAAAAACUACAAGUGGCAAAAAUGUCGGCUCUACUUCGCCUCAGCCUUACCCAACAGCGACCCCACCUAGCACUAGCAGAAGACCUGUAGAGAGCCUUAUCGGCAUUCAUUUCCGCACCGGCAAUGCCUCCUCGGAUCGAUGGAGGGAUCCGCAGCGACAUCAACGAGAAGACCUUCUUGAAUUUUUGCGAUGUGCUACAAAAGUAGAAACGGAACUUCGCUUAGAUCCUACGGCCACUAGAUUUUUUCUUGCUGCUGACGCUGAGACAGAGGAUUGGCCCGAACUCGCAGAAUACUACGCGUCCGGCAAACUGAUUGGACCUAGCUUUAUGAUAUAUUAUUCUUACUGAUGAUCAGGGGUUUUCUAGCUGUGGUUUUGAAGCUCUUUUUACAUACAUUCUUACUAUGUGUGUUUGUUCUGGUGCUGGUUCAAAUGACGAAGUACGUUUGUACUAGUUAUUGUUGUUUCAGAUAAUUCCUCCUUUUCCGAUUGUUUUACAAAUGGUCCGUCAUACAUCUUUAAGUCCGAUGCGCAUGCUUGAUUUUUGAGUUUUGAAGUUUGGAUUGCAGUUGAAGAUGUACAACUCGUACGCUGUAGGGAAAUGCAAUAAUAAAUUAGUGGAUCGCAUAGAGCGCGCACGACUACUUCUAGUUCUAAUCAUCACUACGAGGACGUGGAAGUUGAUCCAGAACCAGACGACGAGGCGAGGAAAGGUGAAAGUGAAAGCCAAGUACUAGACUCGAAGGUAGAAGCAGUAGCAGCAUCGAAUGCAGACGUCUCCGGAGGGGAUCAAGGUCCUGCCCCGUAAGACGAAGCGAACGCCGCCCGCGGUCCGUCACGCGUUACGCCUUAGCGUGACGCAUAGAAUAAUAGGGGGGUUGGUGCUUUAUUAGAAUGCGCACAAGCGUGACGCGGACCGCAUUGUUGGGCGCCUUGAGCCUCUGCCGCGUCACGUGGUGACAGCUCUCGUAGUCGUCCCCUGCAAAGACUGGCCGCCUCGCACGCAGCGCUGUUUGCUCGCCAGUAGAGGAGCCCACUCUGCUGCCCGCAUGGCAAUGGCUGGGCUCUCGUGGCGAGCUCUCGCGCCGCCGAGUCUUGCUCUGGGAGGGCCUUGGAAUGUCUCUGGGAGAUCUUCUGAUGACUCGACGCCGAGUCCUCGGAAGAUCUCCAGAAGAUCUCUGGGUGCUCUUUUGAACUCCAAAAGAGCCUCCAGAGAGAGCCGCUUCAAAGUCUCUUGAAAGUCUCAGAGCCCUCUCGCCAUAUCGCAGAGAGAACCCUGGGCAGAGCGGUCGGUGCAGAGCGGAGCGGAAAACAGACUUUCGAAAGACAUUCAAAAGCCCUCCUCUGGAGACUUUCAAAAGGCUCUCCAGGGACUUUUAGAAGUCCCUUGGAGAGUCUUUCGAAAGCCUUUCCCGUGAGCUUGGUCUCUGCUUAAGACCAGCACGAGCCACGCGGCAUCCGGACCUGCAGAAAGAGGACCCAAAGGGGGCCCUCAACAAGUGUUGCUACCCGCGCCCAACCGAUGAUGCCCAAAUCUCACACUAGCACUACAAGCGCCUUGCCUUGAGAUACCUAAGAUGGAGAUGUAUAGACUACAGCAGCAGGCUGGACCUUGCUAAGUCUGUAGGGGACACGCAACCCGAGCGUCAUGCGAAAGCGUGACGCGUCACGCUUUCGCGUGACGCUCGAGACAAGAAGGGGCCAAGUUUUCAGUAGUAUACCUGGGGGAGAAGGCGUAAGGUCUUAAGUAGGACCGCGGGCGGCAUUCGCUGACCCUUACGGCCUUGCCCCACCUAAAAAGACAAAGCAAAGAAACCGGUUUUCGAAUGCUGUGGUACACCUAGAUCGGAGUUCUUUGGCUCUUCUCUCAGUCGGAAUGGCCGAGGUCUGGGCGCAGUGGUACGCAUUAGGCUUUUUCGUAGAUGCUUUGAUUCUUUCAGCAUCGGGAUUUGGGGCUACAGCGGGCGAAAUGGCGAGGCAGACCCAGACGUGGUUUGGGAAGGGCUGCAUUCGUGCGGACCUGAGUGUCACGUGAUCAUGAAUUUAGAGGGUUAGAAGAGUAAAAAGACGCAAAAAAGAAAGACGCCGCAGUUCUGGGUUAAAUGGACACUGCGAUACACCGGAGAUUGCUGAGAUUAUUUUUCCAUGAUUACACACAAAGACAACGCGCUCAUCUUCUCACUUUCCAUAUGAUUGAUGCGCACGGUGUUGCCGACCUAUUUACUUAGUCGAUUACGAUUACUUACAUGGUCAUCGACCGUUCCCGCAGCUGUUGCUCAGAAUGCGACGAGAAUUACCGAAUGUUGAUAGGGUUACCAUAUAUUACACAUCUUAUUGAAAUUG